AGGGAAAUAUUACUUUCAACUUGUGCAUACAUAUUAUUUCAUUUUCUUAUUUUUAAAUCUAAAUUUAUCGCAACAUCGACCAUUAGAGAGAUGAAAGCGUUGUGAGCAAGAGACCAUAAAACGAAAAAGGAGAAGUGAAUAAAUAAUAACUAUGUUUAAUAGGAAUGGCAAUAUAUAAAAUAUCAACAAUUAGAAAUAAAUGGCGUGUAUCUUUUUUAACUGAGUGUGACAAAUAUCUUAAAUCAAUGUUUCGAAAAAGUGUCAUGACUAGAAGUCAUGAACUGAUGACUGCUGUGGAAGAUGGAAAUAUAACGGAAGUGGAAUUAGCAUUGAAAAGAGGAAUUUAUGUUAAUAAGAAAUAUUUGGAGAAGAAAUGGACACUUCUACAUGCAGCAGCCAAAUAUGGUCAAAUGUCUAUUUUAAUGUUACUGUUGGAAGAAGGAGCAGAUAUUGAAGCCAAAUCGUUAGAAAGAAAAACUCCUUUACACUAUGCUACUAAACAUGGUCACCACUCUGCAGUUAUGUUUUUGUUAUCAAAAGGAGCUGAUAUUCAAACUAGAACUUCAGAAGAAUACACUCCUCUACAUUAUGCAGCUCAAUAUGGUAACAGCUCCAUUGUUCAUGUAUUUUUGAGAAGAGGGGCUAUUAUUGAGGCCAAAACUAAAAAAGGCAAAACCCCUAUGCAUUUUGCUUCAGAAAAUGGUCAUAGUGACAUAGUAAAAUUACUCAUGAAAUAUGGAGCAGAUUUUGAAUUGAAAUCCAGUUUCAACAGUCCUAUGCAUUUAGCUGCCGAAUAUGGACACAUAAAUGUUAUAAAAAUCUUGUUGGAAAAUGGAGCUGAUAUCAACAUGUUAAAUGCUUUAAAAUAUACCCCGUUGUGUGUUGCAGUUAACAAAUCACAAAGAAGAAUUGUUAAAUUCUUAUUAGAUCAAGGAGCAGAUUGUUCAAUAGCAAAUGGUUUCAAAGAUACACCUUUGCACUUAGCUGUUAGAAACGAUAAUGAAGAUAUCGCAAGAUUGUUAAUAAAGAAAGGUGCAGCUAUACAACCGAAAAAUGAAGAUAAUUGGUCACCUCUUUUAAUUGCAGCACAGUGUGGAUAUGUAUCCAUUGUUGAAUUAUUACUAGAAGUAGGAGCAAAUGUAAAUGAUGUUGAUGAUAAUAUUAACACUUCCUUGCACAUAGCUGCUGAAAGUGGUAAUGAAGAUGUGGCAGAAAUUCUCUUGAGUAAAGGAGCAGAUGUAAAUGCAGUUAAUAUUAACAGUUGGACUCCAUUAUUUUAUGCUAGUUAUUGCCACCAAAAGAUAGUAAAACUUCUGUUGGAUAGUGGAGCCGAUUUUCAUAUAACAGACAAGUUUAAGAAUAGCCCUCUACAUGUUGCCACUUCACUUGCUAAUAUACCUAUAAUGAAGUUGUUAAUUAAUGUCGGAGCAGACUUGGAAACACGAAAUGAAGACGGUUCUAAUGUUAUAGACUUGGCUCUUAAAUUAAGGGAUAAAACAAUCAUAAAAAAUUUGAUAAAGUACAGUUUAUACAAAGAUAUUAAUAAAAUAAAACCUAAUUCACUUGGUAGCUUGGAAAAUUCCAAGUUUUGGGAUAGUUGUAAAUCUGAAUUGGAAGAGAUGAAAUAUCAUAUGAUUGCUGAUAGCACUGUUUCAUAUUACAAAUUCUUAAGAGAAUCGGAAAAAAAUAAAUUAGCUGCUUAUUUUUGCAAUGAAAAUAUCGUUUUGGAAUUAGAAGAAUUACAAUACAAAAAUAAAUAUCCAAUUUAUGGAAUUAUUAUAUCUAUGAAAAUGUUACAGGGGAAUUACAGGAAGCGAAUGUUAAUGAAAGCUGAUGAAAUUCUACAACAGUUGAAACCAAAGUUACCAAUUGUUCUUAGAACAAAAAUUUUGGAACAUUUAUCUGAUAAUGAUUUAAAAAAAUUUUAUACGGAACGUCCGUUAGAUAAAUAAUUGAAUAUAUUGCUCAAUUACAAUGUUUAAAUGUUAAAUAAUUUAUAUAAUUUAAAAAAGUGGUAUUUUACCAAAUCUUGAUUCUUAAAUUUUAAUAAAUUAGAUUUUCAUUUUUUCUAUGAAAUACUUGAUAUUACACCUAAUGAACUAAUUAAUUAGUGCAUCAAGUUGUGGAUUUAAUGUAAUAAAUUCUACAAAAGUUGAAACUAAAGUUACCUAUUGAUAUAAGAACAAAGAUUUUGCAUUUUUCAUAAUGAUUUAAAAAACUUUAAACCGAAUAUCCGUAACAUAGAUAGUUGAAUAUAUUGCUCAGUAAUAACGUUAAGUACUUUGUAUAAUAUCAAAAAUUGUAUUUUACCAUAUCUUGAUUCUAAAAUUGUAAUAAAUUAGAUUACAAUUUUUUCUGAUGAAAUACUUAAUGUUGCACUUAAUGAACUAAUUAAUUAGUGCAUAAAGUAAUUGAUUUAAGAAAAAAUUUUAAACAAAUAUCUGAUAAUGAUUUAAAAAAAAAUUAUUUUGAACGUUGGUAAUACUAGAUAGUUUAUUAUGUUUAAAUGUUAAAUAAUUUACAAAAAUGUUAUUUUACCAAAUCUUGCUUCUAAAAUUGUAACUAAUUUGAUUUCAAUUUUUACUUAUUACAUAUUUAAUAUUACGUUUAAUGAACUAAUUAAUAAGUGCAUGAAGUUGUGAAUUCAGUGUAACAACAUUUAGAAAUUUUGAAAUUAAUCUAAGAACAAAAAUUUUACAACAAUUAUUUGACAAUGAUUUUGAAAAAAAAAUAUAUUGAAUGUCCUUGGCAUAGAUAGUUUAAUAUAUUGCUCAAUAAUAACGUUCAAUUGUUAAAGAAUGUGUAUUUUAUAAAAAAAUGGUAAUCUAACAACAAAAUUUUUUCAACAAAUAUUUAAUAAUAAUUUUGGAAAAUAAUUAUUUUGGAUGUCCUUGGCAUAUAUAGUUGAAUAUAUUGCUCAAUAAUAACGUUCAAAUGUUAAAUAAUGUAUAUAUUAUAAAAAAUGGUAUUUUACCAAAUCUUGAUUCUAAAAUUGUAAUAAAUUAUAUUUUAAUUUUU